UCACUUGUACUAAGGAGAAGAUGAAAAGGCUGGGGGGGAAGAAAAAGAGUUCAGUUCGUUAACGGUUGAGCUACUUUUGAAAUAGUCUUAAAGUGAAGUACCUUCAAAAAGUGUCUUCCUGUGAAAUAUUUGUGAGGAGGAAAGGACGCGAGAGUUGUCAUUUUGUCAACUUCAUAUUGGAACGUGUCCUGCACACACACACGCACGCACACACUCUUAGCUCCUCGUCUAUGCUAGCUCGGCUAGACCAAAACAAACAACCUAGAUAGAAUGUUCUCUCCCGUUUGCUUUCGUUUGGUGUCAGCUGUCAAGCUUUACCUGCUCGGCUUGAGGGUUCUUGUGGUUCAGCUGUGCAGCAAACGUUUCAAAUUGCCAGUGAUGCCCAGACAAGAUGGCAAGGUUGCCAUAGUGACGGGAGGAGGCAGGGGAAUCGGCUAUGAGGUCGCCCGCCACAUGGCCAAACUGGGGGCACAUGUUAUCAUAGGUUGUAGGGAUCAACAACAGGGUCUGGCAGCCAUCACCAGGAUCCAUGAAGAGCACAGCGAGGCUAAAGUGGAGUUCAAGAAACUGGACCUAGCGUCUCUGCAGUCAAUCCGUCAGUUCGUCCAGAGCUUCAAGGAGCGUGACUUACCACUCAAUAUUCUGGUCAAUAAUGCGGGUGUCAUGCUAGUUCGUGAGGGUUGUACCGAGAAUGGAUUUGAGCUGCACUUUGGUGUGAACUAUCUGGCCCACUUCUUUUUAACCUGUAUGCUCCUGGACACAUUGAAGCUCAGUGGCAAAUCUGGCAACUUCUCCCGUGUGGUCAACGUCUCCUCCUCUGCGCACCGCAACGGCGAGAUCCGACUGAAUGACUUGAAUUGCAGACAGUGCUAUUCAGCCCACGGAGCUUAUUGUCACAGUAAGCUGGCACAGCUCUUAUUUAGCUCCCACCUCCACCAGGAGUUGGAGCAGGGAGGUUUUCCAGUUAGUUCAAGCGCUGUGGAUCCUGGUAUGGUGGAUACCUCUCUCUACCGCCACCUCUGGGCGCCCCUGAGCUUGGCACACGGUGUUGUGUCCCGCUUGCUUUUCAAGACUCCUAUAGAAGGUGCUGCCACAGUCUUGCACGCUGCUCUGUCACCAGCACUGGAGGGCGAGUCUGGAGGAGGCUACUGGGCCAAUGGACGCAGGGAUGAGACAACACCGCUGACCUUUGACCCUCAGAUUCAGCAGCUCUUGUGGAAAACCAGCCACAGGUUUUUGGUUCCACAGUAACCUUUACUGUAUUUAAUUGGGCCAAUCAGCUUCUUUCUAUUUAUUUGCGGUUUCUGUUGAAAAUCUCACAAGCCACUCCAGGACUGGACUUUUAAUGGCUGUUUGGGGGUGAAAGACAAAUUUUUUCUUCAAUCUCGCCAAAGAAGAGUGACUGUGAAUGGAAGCCUUUUCCCCAUUGUGAGCUAGCAAACAAUACACACAUUCUAAAUUUGGACCGCGAUUUGAUGUUGCUGCCAUAAGUCUUUAUCGGGUGUUUCAAUUGUCAUCUCUCGUUAUUACUUCACAGUGGCACAUCAUGACACCUGCCUUAUCACUUUUCUGUUCAAUGAGGAGGUUGAUCUACUUUUCCCAACACUUUUGCAUCUUACCAAUGUGAUUCUAAACAAACAAGCCAUGCUAUUAGGAAGUAGAUUUUGGCACACUGUUCAAAAAUGUAAGUCAAAGCGUAGGAUGCACUCCUGAUUUCUCGCUACAGAUUUGCCAAGUGAUGUCACCGCUGAGUUUUAACACCUCAGUGAUUCUUGGAUCAUCUCGUAAUUAGGCCCAUUUGACUGGGAGCACUUUGCAUUUUAGUGCAUUUUUCGUCUUGAAAUGGCCACUUUUGAGUCUUCACCUUGUCCUCCUCUAGUCACGUGAUUAGCUGUAUUUAAAAAAACAACAACCCGCCAACUCUUAGAAUUCCUACAAAAUACCAUCGUGAGAGAUGCCAUUUGCAUGGCAACCAAAUAUAUAAAGUAAGGUUGUUUUUUUUAAUAAUCCCCCCACCCUCCCUCUUCUGAAAAAGUGAAAAGGUAUUGGUUUUGUUUUAGAAAAACACCAUUUUCCCAAACCGAGAUUUGUGCAGAAACAAAAAAAAAAAAGAAGAAAAACAAUGGCCGCUUCAGUCUGUCCCCAUUUUCCUUUGUGAAAUGUGUUAAUCCGUUUUACCUAAUCAGUAUCUGUGAGAAUGUGCUUCAUACACAAGUCCAAAAUGAGUUUUGGCUCUGGUUUAUAUUGAUGGUUUGCACAACAAUGGUGAGAUCUUACCGAUUCCAGCCGGGAAGAAGAGCAAGGAAAUGGAAAAACACUUUUUGUUGUUCAAUUUUCAAGCUGUGAUUGGUUCCUUGCUGCUUGCACAUCUUCAUUUGGCGUUUCUCCCAGUGCAUUGUGGGAGUGAGAUUUCCCAGUGGUGAGAAUCUAACUCCAUCAGCUAAGCUUCUACACACACACACACAGACACACACACACACACACUCAUUCAUAAACAUUGGAGGAAGAACAUGCAGGCACAUUUAUCUCAACAAGCACACAACAAACAAACACAACAGUUGUCGGCUCCUGUGAUCUAACAUUUUGACUGUGAAGAUGGAACAUUUUAUCUCCCAAACAAUUGUCACUGUACGUGUGUGUAAUGAUAACCAUUCAUGAUUAUGCUCACUUAUAAGUGACUCAAUAUGAGCAAUGUGUUGCUAAUCGCAAACAGUACAUAGACACACAAUCAAGAACGUGUGUAAAACCAACCUGAAUCCAGCCUUUUGUUUCCGAUAUGUCACAAACAUCUAACUCUCUACACAGAAAACAUGAUCUUCAAAAAUAUGUCACACUUUUAAAGAGACAGACCUCCUCUCUUCAGAAUCUAGGCCGUAGUGUGUUUGGGUGCUCAGCAACAUGUAUCCAUUAUUCACAGUAAUGUUGUCUGGCACCACUCACACUCGUGACAGCUUUCAGACCAGCAUCUCACUGGGCUAAAUAGAUGACCUUGUGUGUCCUACAAAAAGUGGCAUAAAAAGCCAAUGCGGGCUGGCUUCUGGAGAGCUUUUGACACAACACACCUAUCACAUUUCGGGGGGGAUGCUAGUGAUGCAGAAACCCUCACUUCAUCAUUCUGCUCAAGCAAGACAGUCGCUUAUGUGAGGGUUUGAAUGACAAUGUAGUUCCUCAUCCGUUAAAUUAGGCUUUGAUUAGCCUCCAAUGACAGAGCUUAGCUGAUAUGGGUAUCCUUAGUGAAUAUUUUAUUUUUUUUGUCUUCCUCUUUAUUUUGCAGAGCUGUCAGUGUUUUCACAGCUUUGCACUCAUAAUUUGAGGAUUGUGGCACACACUUAUCAAAGUAGCAGGUUACACCACACACUCACUUACCACAGUGACGCAUGGUGGUGCGUAGUUGAGGCAUCAUCGUGCUUUGGGCUUUUAUUUUCUUCAGCUGCAACUGGGGCUUGAGUCAAGGGGAAUAGUUGCAAAUGUCAGUCAGUUUUGGAACAAAACCCUCAGACAGUCUGCUAGAAAGCUGAAGAAGAGGAAAUUCACCUUUCAUUCAGCAUACAUCCAAAUCAACAAGAGAAUGACUCCACCAGAAGAAUAUUACAGUUUUGGAAUAGCCCAGCCAGACCUGAAUCCGAAUGUAAAUGUUCGAGGUCAGAUAUUAGUUGAAGUUGGGAGAAUAAAGUCUAAAUUUAACAAAAAUAAAGUCAUAAUUUUAAAAGCAUAAAUGUAUACAGUGAACAUUCGCAUAUUCGCAGUUUGCCAUUCACAAAUUUCAACUCAAUUUAUAGAGCACUUUAAACGGCUGAUACAAAGUGCUAUACCUGUACAUAAAGACCGAACAGUAAACAUAAAAAACAAUAAUAAAACAAUAUUAAUAGCUAAAUCGCUCAAUAAAUAAUAGAUAAUAGGAUACAAUAGAAUAUACUAUGAGAAUAUUAUUCAAUUUUAGUUUUUUAAAUUAUAUUUUAAUUUUAGAUAAGUAGCUGGAAAACUAUUCGCUGUUUUUUUUUUGUGCUCAAUCCAAAGCAAUUAAAGUAUUGCUUUGCUGCCAUCUUGUGGCAUCUUAGUGCCAAGGAACUAUGUUGAAGUGGGUUGAGGAGCUUCACUUAGAUGAUAGUAGUUUAGUGGCAUCUUGGUGCCAAUGAACUAUGUUGAAGUGAGUUGAAGAGCCUCCCUUAGAUGAUAGUAAUUUGUUGCCAUCUUGUGGCAUCUUGGUGCAAAGGACCUAUUUUGAAGUCACUUGAAGAUCUUCAUUUAGGCAAAAGUAGUGCUUUGCUGCAAUCUUGUGGCAUCUACAUGCAAUUGUAAACAUCUUUAGAAGGCGUCAAUUAAUUUUCCCUAUCCCCUGCAGUUCACUUUACCUGUCUUAAGAUGGUUAACAAGUUACACUUAUUUAAAUAGAAGUUUAUGACAUAUAAAUAGUACAUCAAUAGUACAUUUGGUACAUCAAUGCCAUCAUCAGUUAGAGUUUUUGUUUGCAAUAUUAUGACUUAUUUCUCCUGAUGUGAGUCAUCGCAGUGUCAUUAUAUCUCUUAAAAACCUGAUAUUUUCAUUUCGCUGUUCAAGCACAUAACAAAACUAGUACAUUGUCUUCAUGAGAGCUUUUUUUAAUAUUUGCUUUCCAUCCUCAUUUUCUCAGUCUUGCCUCGGAAUGAAACAAAGGUUGUAACUUGAGGGCUUUCUUGUUUGAUUGUGUGGCUGCUAUUGUAAGAUGCUCCCAAAAUAACAAAGCAAAACAAAACAACCGCGGGAGCAUACACAGUUAACCUCCAUCCUCUCACAUUUCAAUGAAGCUUGCACCUGAGCAGCAAUAUUUAAAAAGCAUACAAGGCUGUUGCGUUAACUAAAUCUGGUUAAAAAAAAUCAUGUUUUCAUACUCCAGUAGGUGUUUUAAAGACACGACAACGCUUCUUUUUGCCAACUGAGCCCGCUCUUAUCCAAAGAUGAGAUGAAGACGAUCACGAGGCUCUUUUGUUGUUUUCAGUACUCUAUGACCUUGUUGUAACACAGCAUGUAGUGCCCUCUUGAACGUGUUCGACACGGACUGGGUAAAACAUGUCAGGUGUUGAGUUUCAAAGACAGAAUGAAAAAGGGCAGCAACCGCUCAAGUAAAACUGUCUGUGAUAAUGUCCGUGUGUGAUUUACUCGUCUGUCCUCGUUUCAAAAUGUUGCUGAAGGCUACGCACCAGAGAAGCUCUUUGUAGACUUCUUCUGAUUGACCUGGAAUUACAUUUAUAUUAAAUGUUCCUGGCUCAAGUUCUGUAAAUCAUAAAUGUGUAUAUGUAUAGGAAGAAAGAACAUAUAUAAUUAUAGACAAGGGGCAGCCAGAUGAACUGAAUCCUUCCUCUGCAGAUAUUUUUGUGUCCUUCUUGCACUCCUUGCGUUCUCUCCUUAGUUGUGAGAGUCAAAGCCGACGCACAUGAUGUUUGCACGCUUUCCUCCUUAAAUCCAAUGUCAACAUUCAGUCCAUCUGGGCCCCUGUUGAUUUUAUGAAAAGUGCAAAAAUGUUGUAUUUUUUAACAUGAUUUCGUUGUUGAGAUCUUCUUGCCUUUUGUUGCCUUGUAAAAGUAAAUCUCCCCCAUAAUUGUGUAACUGUGACUUUUCCAUGUAGAAAUGAACUUGUUAAAACUGUGAAACUGUCUUGUCCCGUGCAUUGCUGUAACUCUUAAAGCUGAGUGUGUGUGCGUGCGCAUGCGUGCGUGUCUCGAAAAGGGAGUCCAUGUUUUUUUUGUGUUUUUUUUGUCGAUGGUUGUGACAUUCCAGCAGUAGCCGCCACCUUUUCUAUAUUCCGAAGCCUCUCAAUAAACAUAUCAUGGUGUCA